AUGAGCAGCGCACCAUCAACGAGGGUCUCGUUCGCUGAAGCGGCAGCUGCUCCUUCCAGUUCCACAUCGGCUCUAUAUUCCACUAGUCCACGAUAUGAUGUUAUAGCUGGCGAUAAUGCAUCGUCAUCCUUUCAAGCUGGCUCAGCUCCAUAUGCGUUUCCUCAGUAUGAUGUCGUACCUGCUAGUACUGCUGCGCCAUCGUCUACUGCUGUGCCAUCGUCUCAAACGGCUUCGAGUCAUGUGUAUCCUGUUCUUUACGAAGAACCACCUGUAGAAGAGUCUACGACGAUCCAUAAACCGCCAGUUGAGAACGGACGACUACCGUCGAUUGGAACCACGACGGCACUCUUUAACUUCAAGCCUGUUGGACCAAAUCAACUCGAAAUUACAGCUGGGGAACGGUUGGAUUUGAUUCAGGCUCACGAUGAUGGAGGAAACCCAGAGUGGAUUUGGGUCCAGCGAUUAAAUGGAGAUCAUGGAUUUGUACCUGCUACAUAUUGUAAGGCAGUAUAG